GCUCGCUCGGGGCGCCGGCGGCGCCACAUCCCGCCGGCGGCGGCGGGCGCGUCACGGCGUCACGAGAAUAUGGCGUCACGGGGCGGUUGCCGCGGCAACGAGCCCGCGGGGCAGGAGCUAAGAUGGCGGCCGGGCGGCCGGCGCCUCACAGCCCCGGUGGCUCCUCCUGCUCCCCGGCUGCUGCUGCUGUGGCGGCCGGGGGGCGGGAGGAGAAGGUGGUGGCGGCCGCUGAGGCGUUGCCGUGGGAGGUUCGGCUGGCGGCGGCUGAGGCGUCGCGGGCUGAGUACCGCGCGGCGUCCCGCACGCUGGCCAGGAGCAACGCGGAGCUGCUGUGGCGGCAGCGGCGCCUGGAGAAGGAGGCGAUGGCCGUGCAGGGCGGCCUGGCCAAGCAGGGCCAGGAGAAGGCGCAGGAGAUCGAGAAACUGAAGAAGGAGCUGGUUCAUUUGAAACAACAAGCACAAGAAGAGAACAAGAAACUGACAGACUAUUAUGCCCAACAAAUAAAAGAACUGGAAGAGAAAUUUCAUGAAAAAGUUGGAGAAAUUGGCCAAAUUCAAUCAGAACUGAAAUUAAUAAAGGAAUUUCGCAAGGAGAAAGCGGCUAUGGAGAAAGAACUGGAAGAUUUAAAAAAGAGUAUGAAGAUCUCAGACAGGAGACAUCAGGAAGCAAUUGUGAGACUGGAGAAGAGGUUCCUUGAAGAGAAGAAAAGACUGGAAGAAGAUACUGAGAAGAAGCUAGUGAUGAUGACAGAGACUGCCCAGCGUGAGGCUGUUUUGCAGCUGAACAGCAUGGGGAGAGAGGUGUUUAAGGAGAAUAUUCGUCUUCAAGGUGCUUUCUCAGAUAAUCUGAAAGAGAAGAUGGAAUUGCAGAAAACAAAACUGAAGUUAGAGGAGGACAAAACUCUUCUGUUACUGGAGAAGGAAACCAGCGAGGGUUUGAUUCGAAAAAAGAUCCUACAGAUCAACCAUCAGAAAGCACAGAUUAGAGAUCUGCAGUGUAAAGUGGAAAAACUGGAGAUGGCCGUAUCUCACAUGACCAGAGAAUUUGAGACAAAGACUCAAAAAACACAGCAUCAAGCACUGAUAGAAAACCAGGCAAGCAUGGUGGAGAUCAAGAAACUGCAGCAAUUACUAGAAAUGAAGGACCAGGAGAUGAAUCGAGUGAAGAAACUAGCCCGGAAUAUUUUAAAUGAGAGGACUGAGGUGGAAAGGUUCUUCCUAGAUGUUCUGGAACACGUGAAGCAGGAGAUCAGAGCGAGUAGAAAGCAAUAUUAUGAAAAGGCACGGGCUGCCUAUUACAGGAAAAUGAUGGAGGCAUGUGCAGGGACUGAAGAAUUUCCCCAAAUCAAGACAUUCAAAGGCAACAUAAACAGCACAAACAGUGUGUAUAGAGACCUAGAGGAAGCAGAGAAAUGCUACGGGGAGAAAGCACAGUUUGAAAAAGUGGAUAUCAGUGAGUUGACAUGGGAACAAAAAGAACAUGUUCUGAGAUUACUUUUUGCCAAAAUGAAUGGCAGAAAUCCAUGGAAGUACAGCAGAGUUCUGGCUACUUCAGCUCCAGCUGAUGCUAAAGAAGAAAGCGAAGUCGGGUAAGAUGCUAAAUUAUGCUGUACUAUUUAACAACUUGUCAGUAGAAAGCUGUACCAGCAGUGAGAUGAAGCAGGUACAUCAUCAGUGAGCAUCUGCAGCUUGAUCUAAAAAGGCCUUUCACUAACUGAAAGGCAGAUACAAGUUGUAUUUCUAGUAUAUUUAAAAUAAUCUGAUUUAAAAAUGCUGUUGGAAAUGCAGAUAAUCAGAAAAGAUAUUUGCACACAAGUGAAAGGCUCCUACAAAUUUCUAGAACACAGGUGUGGCGAAAGUGCAGGGAUACUCCUGCAAUUCUUCAGGCAGCAGGUAAGCUUGAUGUUGUUAUAGAAGUUUAGAAGGAUUUUAGAAUUUCUAAAGGAGAUAGUGUAUUUUAGUAAGGCAACAGAAAAGUCAGAAUAGCAAUGCUGAUUAGGAAGAAGAAUGAAGGUGAUUUGAAAGUGAAUGACUAUAGACAAUAUUAGAGGCUAUUAUUUAAUAUUCCUUUCCCUGGAGUAUGAAAGGAUGCCCAUGUGUUAAUGGUGAUUUACCUUAAAUAUUUUACCUUUGCAGCACAGAAAACGUUUCUUCCAACCUAGUAUUUGUUACACAGCAAGCUGAAUUAUCAGAGUCAUCAUCUUCUACAGCAAUCCUUCCACGUAUUCAGAUGUUAACAGAGUAAGGCAGCUGUACACUUCAAGUGAACAAUAUCCACAGCAAUUACUGACUCAUCUGCACUUUUCAUUUUGGAAGUUACCUUGUGAACAAAGCUGCAAUUCUGAAUCCUCCAUCUGUUAAUGCUGCUGCUUUGACUACAAAUUUAAAAUUCAUCUGAAAUACACCAAUUUUCCUCCUCCUUAAAAUAAAGAUCUUAUUCUUUCCGAAGCCAGGUGCUACGAUGACCCCAUACACAGCACUGAAGUGGUUAGAACUCUGUGUAGGUGUUGCUGUAAUUUGAUUGAGAUACUUCUUCAGUUAGGAAUAGAGUUGUAUAUAUGAAGUUUGAGAGCUUUUGUGAUCAAGUAUGUGGGAAAUAGAAACAAGGCAUUCCUUGAAAUGCUGUAUGAAGAUACUAGUGCAGAAGCCCUUGAGAUACUGUAAAAAGGAAGAUGUGUACACUGAUUACAGGAAACACAGACCAGCCUCUGUGAAGGGGAAUAAAGUCAAUGUAACACCUACAGAAUAUCUUACCAAGGAACAGUCAUUUUCUCCAGAAAUGUAUUAGCAAUUUUUUUUAAUUCACAAUCAAAUUGCAAGGUGAGAAUUUCCCUCUAGAGUAUAGCAGAAGAAAAAGUAAGAUACAAACAUAAGAGUAACUGCUGUGGAUCCACUAAAUACAUAACUGUCACUUACAAGGAAUCUUUGUCAGAAGGCAGGAUACAAAGUCUUCACAUUCAGGUUGUUUAAUUAGAACAGGUAAUGAUUACAAUCAUUAGAAUAAUACUAUUUUUUCAUGAGUACUUGAAUGAGUUCCCUGCAGAUCCCUCAUGGCUGCAGCAUCUUCCAGGAUGCAAGAAUAAAAGUAGAGGCUCUCCAGCUCUAAAUGCACAUAUUCUUAAGAACAGGGUAUCCCAAGACUUACCCUUCUCUUGUCAUGGGACCUGCAGUCCCUAGGGAACAUGAGUGUGUUUGAGCAAAUGUCACAAGGUGUCAGUCAAUCACAAGAAAUAUAGCGAUAGUCAGGAAAAGAAACAAAACAGGCCUGGCUGUUUUGUGAUUAAAACAUGUUCUCUCUUCCUACUGACCUGUCUACUUUUCUUACCACCCAGACUCACAUGAUCCUGUGAUGCAAGACAUACAAACACGUUUCUGCUUCCACAGUUUCAUUAUCUUACAGGACCUGUAGGCACAUUUCUGUUAGCACAGUAAAAAGGCACCAACCAACUUCUAGGUAUAAUGAAAUUGACAGCAAGCUGGAGAAUACAGUCUGCAUGCACAACAGGAACAGAAGUUUUCAAGCUGUCAGAGGCACAGUGAAGGUCACUGUACCAUACAGGAAUUUCUUUCAUCCUCAGACAAGCAAUCAAAGAUGCUUUUCUGAAAAAUGCUUAGCAAGCCAUUUCUGAAGUGUUUUGGGAACUGCUCAACAGAUGAAAGACUGACGUUUUCAACUCCCAAACUUGCUGUCUUCGUUGUACGUAGAAGUCAUUUCUAUGAGACAUCCAAGAUGUCCCAGUUAUGUCACUCAAACUGAGUACUCAUCUGAGUAAGGUUAGCUUAAAAUCUUAACAUGUAAGAAAGUGGUAAAGAAAACUGCUACAAGACGUAGCCAGUAUUGAGUCACUAAGGCUAAAGAUAUUGCAGUGGAAAGCAGAGUAGUGUUCAAGUUCAGAGGGUCUGGAAAGAAACACAAGUUAAGGCCCAUCUGUCUUCCCUUUCAAUUAGAUUUUUUUCCUCUGACAGGUUAUUAAAAAAAAAAAA